CAAGCCACCCUCCGGUUACUAGAGUCCGAAUAUUCUAUAAUGUAUUUUUAAGUAGGCAUCUGUCCAGUUUUCAGUCACUGAAGCCUUACACCGUAUAGCCUGUGUUGCUUGAAUUUAAACGCACUAAGAGUGCAUUUACCUGUUUCUCUUGGAAACGUGUUCCGGAAACGAAACCCUGACUGAUUAAUCGGAAGUGACUAGUAAAGAGCGAGAAGUUGCUGUCAGGACGACCUGGGCGGGGCAGGUCGGCUCGGGAUGGAAAGAGACUGUGCGGAGAAGUCAGCCCGGUGAUUUUGAGCCGGAGAACCGGGACGGGGCAGCCCUCUGGACUAGGAAAAGUGAGGAUCUUACAGGUUUUGCGGUAGAAGUCUUGGGGUGCAUUUUUGUUAGUUAAAAAAAAUGACUACUCUUGAGAGUUUAGAAACUAAAGUCACCCUGGCUUCUGCCCCAGUCCGAGGAGCGGGAGAUGGAAUGGAAACUGAGGAGCCCCCUCACUCUGUGGAGGUCCCCACCGGAGCCCCACCGGCGCAACCACCCACCCUCCGGAGUCCACGGAAGAAAGCGGCCGAGAGCCCAGGAGUCCUUCAGCUGGGCGAGGUGCGCAGCGACAAGGCGGUGGAGGUGGAGGCUGUGAGAAUAGUGGUCCCCAGGGCCGCCAUCACCCACGCCGUGCCCCGCGGCAGCACCAAGGCCCAGUCCCUGGGGCGUCAGAAGGGGGAGCGCCUGGGCCGGUCGGAGGGGGCCGCAGAGCCCGGUGAGGGGCUCGCAGAGCUGAAGAAGCUCAAGAACUCGGAGCGGAGGCUGCUGCAGGACAAGGAAGGCCUCUCCAACCAGCUGCGGGUGCAGACGGAGGUCAAUCGAGAGCUAAAAAAGCUGCUGGUGGCCUCUGUUGGGGAUGACCUUCAGUACCACUUUGAACGUCUGGCCCGGGAGAAAAACCAGCUCCUUUUGGAGAACGAAGCCCUGGGUCGGAACGCGGCCCGGCUGGCCGAACAGCUGGAGCGCAUGUCCAUACAGUGCGAUGUGUGGCGGAGCAAGUUCCUCGCGAGCAGGGUCAUGGCCGAUGAGCUGACCGACUCCCGAGCGGUCCUACAGCGCCAGCACCGCGAGGCACAGGGCGCUGUACAGGAUCUCCUGAGCGAGCGGGAGCAGUUUCGCCAGGAAAUGGGAGCCACCCAGAGACUUCUGGAGGAGCUCCUGGUCUCCCUGCAGUGGGGGAGAGAGCAGACCUACACCCCCAGCGCGCGGCCCCACAGCGCGGCCGAACUGGCCCUCGCCAAUCACACGCUGGCCCGAGCGGUGCAUUCUCACCUUCUGGGGAAUGUCGGUGCGCACGCCCAGAAAAAGGUUCCACCCACAGUUGAAUUCUGCAGCAGCCCAGCAGAAAAAAUGGCUGAAAAGGUUCUACGCAGUUUGGACCCAGCUGCCUGUAUGGAAAGCCCACCUGAUAAUCCAUUUUCUGAGUCUUCUCCAAGCACCUUACUCACUACAAAGAAAAAUACUGGGCGAUUUCAUCCCUACACUCGAUACGAAAAUAUCACUUUCAACUGCUGCAAUCGCUGCCAGGGGGAGCUCGUUGUCCUGUAGUGGACGGUCAGCGCUGGCAGCCCGCUGCGGGCACACGCCUGCCCCCCGCUGCCGCUGCUCCUGCCACACUAGAAGUGCUCUCACUUUCUACUGAUACGCGCCCUCAAAGACGUUCCACGGGCUAGACGGCAGACCACCCUUUCCUAACAGCGGUCUCGGGGUCAGGAAAGAACGAAGCUGCAGCUAUGUCUCAAGUGCAUGCAGAACGCUGCCCAGACCUGACAUGAUGCUUUCCCUACAUCUAACAGGAAAUGAGUUAACAUAUCUUCUUUGAGGCUCUAAGUAUUGUUUAUCUUGCUGUGUGUUUUAUUUGAGCAGAGCUAAUUUUGGCCAUUGAGACAAGGAUGGCCACAGGACAGCCCAGGCCACCUGCAGCCCCCCGUCACUUACUGCGGUCUGUGUGGCUUUUGCAGCGCCACUGCGGAGCCGAGCGGAUGGAACGGGGCCGCGAAGCCCGAAAUACUGUCUCGCUUUUCCCAGUUUUCCGAUCCUUACUCUAAAGUAGUAAUUGGCCGGGAAUGUUGGGGGGAGUGUUUUUUCCUUUUCGGUGAUUUUUGGGGGGCUACAAAGGAGGCUUAGGAAAUACUAUAGGUGAAGGUUUUAAGAUAAGUGCUGUGUGUUAGGAAAAUUACCAGUAUCUUGCAGCCGCAGGAACAAGUGCUCCUGCGAACGUGUCCUCGUGUCGGUCCGGUGCGGGGACCCCACAGUGUGAGUGGCACAACCCGACGUGUGCAGACGACACAGACCCUGACAGCUGAGCUCAUUCUGACCAGCGCAACCAGAACGUCCAGUGGGGUGUUUAUAGACCAUGGUGGAGCAAGUAGGACGUUUGUAGAAUACUGCACAAACUCAAACGUGCAGUCCAUCAAUUAGUUUACAUUAUUCAUGAUGGACAAUCACAAAAUGUUCUUUUAUAGGCCUUUAAAACUAUCCAUAAAAUGUUUGUACCAAAUUAUACUACUUAGUUACAGAAGUGUGUAUCAACAGAGAAAUCUUCAAGAAACAAAUCUGGUCAAAGUACAGAUUUGAUAGUUUUUGGUCUCAUUCAUCUGAAUUAUAUUUAUAAUUUCGAGUGGCAAUAAAUUUCUCUAUAUUCUUUAUUCAGCAUUGUCUUUUUUCCCCCAGAAUGAUGUAUUUCAGUUCAAGUUUUCUUCUAGCUUAUACUAUUUUCAACUGCUUCUUCAGCCUUUCCUUUAGUUUUACUUAGUAUAAAACAGAGAGGAAAUAAAAGAGAGAGGAAAAGUUUCA